UCCGAAUCUGUGACCCCCCGGCACCACUUUCAGGAUCGACGGUGCCUCAGACCCAGACAGAGGUCCAAAUAAUUCUGUUAGUAGUUACGAGAUGGUGGCCGACAGUAACACAUUCGGACUGAAGGUCGACCACGCUCUGGAUGGAAGUCUGAGCGUGAAGCUGAUUGUACGAGAAUCUCUUGAUCGUGAGAGAAGAAGCCGCUACAAACUCACUGUCAUUGCUAAAGACGGAGGUAGGCCGCCUCUCUCGGGAAAUCUUACCUUGUAUGUCAAUGUGACCGAUAUAAAUGACAAUGUCCCUGCGUUCUCUGAAAAUGUGUACGACUUCACUGUAACGGAAAACAGCCCUGUGAGAUCAAUAUUCGGACGAGUUCUGGCCAGGGAUAAAGACACUGGUCUCAAUGGUAAUGUGUCUUACCGAUUUAGUCCACACAAGUCCAGCAAAAUUCCGCAGCUGUUCGCCCUAAAUAGUCGAACAGGAGACAUUAGCGUGAGAAACCCUUUACAGUAUGAAUCUGGUAACAGUUUUGAAACUGUUAUUGAAGCUAUGGAUAACGGUGAUACAGUGCAAGUGUCCCAAGCAAUUUUGAUCAUUCGGAUACAAGAUGUCGGUAACAACCCACCCAAGAUUACAAUGAAUUCGGUGUCUCCUGGAAUUCAUGGCACCGUUUUGGUGUCCGAGGGGAUGUCUGUCGGUACCGUGGUGGCCCACAUCAGGGUGGUUGACAACGACAAGGGGAGGAAUGGAGCUGUGGACUGCCGCAGCCUCAACCCGUUCUUCGUGGUGCAGGUAAUGCCGGGUCGAGGGUAUAACGUUCAGCUGAAGAAGAAACUUGACAGGGAGAAGAAAGUUAAACACAAUCUGACUGUGGUGUGUGAGGACAAUGGAAGACCCAGGAUGGCUACAUCUGCCAGUAUGAGUCUGGAAGUCACUGACAUUAAUGAUAACCCUCCCGUCUUCACCAACAAAACGUAUUAUGCCAACAUCACCGAGAACAACCGCGUUGGUGCUGUCGUUACCCGUAUAAUGGCCACCGAUCGUGACACAGGACAGAACGCUUUGAUGCUGUACUUCAUGAGUCUUGAAAGCGAUUCCAUGUUUAGAAUUGACCACCAAACCGGUGACAUCACCGCAGACGCUGUCUUCGACAGAGAGACACUCUCGCAAAUGACCUUCACCGUGAAGGCUGUCGAUGAAGGGGAAACGUCGAUGUCAGGAACGGCAACGGUCAUUGUUACGGUUUUGGAUCAGAACGACAACCAACCUUACCUUGACCCAUCGAACCUUGUCUUCAAUGUAUCCGAGGACCGACCAACAGGAACCAAAGUUGGUCAGCUGACUUCCAAGGAUAGAGACGUCGGGAUUAAUGCUCGCACUGAAUAUCUAAUGCUAGUUAGAGGAGAUUUACCUCCGUUUGUUGUGUUUUCUGACGGAGUGAUACGAACCCACAGACGGCUGAACAGGACACUGAAAGAUCGGUACGAAUUUGACGUUUUGGUUAAGGACGGUGGAAAACCGUCUUUAAACAGUACCGGACGUGUGUAUGUCAAUGUUGUUGACUCUAAUGACCACAGCCCCAUCAUCCUAUUCCCCAACGAGAGAAACAACACUGUCCUCAUUGCCUCUGACACACAUCCGGGAACCGUCAUUUCUGAAGUUACUGCUGUGGAUUACGACCAAGGAAUCAAUGGACAAAUGUCGUAUUUCAUAUCUGUUGCAAAUAAGGACAAUCCAUUUCAUAUAAACACCCGCUCGGGUAAGAUUGUCUUGGCGAGACAGCUUCGCCCCACUGACCAAGAGUUCUACAAGAUCACAAUAUCAGUUCAGGAUCACGGCAUGCCCCAGCAGGAAUCUCAGACAAAGAUGAUCAUUAAGAUUGUGUAUUACAACACCACAUUGGCCGCAUCAGUAGGAGACAAUGACAUAAAAUACAUCAUCAUAGCAGGUGCGGUCGGAGGGGUGACUGUUAUUCUGUCUAUCAUAAUUGUUAUCAUAAUCUUGCACAUCAAACGUGCCGACUCCAGGCGUCGAAAUGGGAGCUCAAUAGCUAUUCAGGAACAGGGGGACGGGAGGCCCUUUGAUAAACAGCUCUGGCAUAGCGUCCCGGGGGAGGAAGAGAGUUCUGGUAGUGCUGAUGACACUGAGAAGAACAUUGAUAAGAUACUGAAGGGGAAGAUGGGCAACAAAACAAGUUUCUCCUUCGACAGUGGGGCCGAACUUGAUGACCCUUAUCUGAAGAAACUUACGUCAGAUCAAUAUGGCGGCCAGCAGUUUUAUACCUUCAGGAAGCAUCCCCUGCAUCCACAGAUGGAUGACAUUCAGAGCAACUCGUCAGGAGAGCUGACUGCGAGCGACAGCGGCCGAGGCGGAAGUGAAGAAGAUAUUCAGCUGCCCCCUCUGCCCGAAUCCGAAGGGGAAUAUUCCAGCACUGACGACCCCCAUCGAUUGGCUGUCGAAAUGAAAGAACGCAGAAACCACAGACAUGGUAACCGGCCAUUAAAAGAUGACCCGACCUUUCAAACAUUUGUGCCUCGUCUCCACCCGUCCUUCAACACCCAAACUCAUGUCAAACCGUCUUUCAUUCGACCAAUCAAGGAGCAGGAAUUACCUAUCCAGGAAAAGCGAAAGUCUCGAAAUCUGAGCGUUGGUUCUUUUGAUGACCCUCUGCAAGUCAAACGGAACAGCAUUGGGAAAAGGGUCACGUUUGCGAACGAGGGAUUGACGCAAAGAAACCUUCAAAACCUCGAGCGUAUUCUUCACACAAGUAACCACAUUCCCCCGACAAACAAACUCGCGUUUCUGUGUGACAGUGCGGAGCUUUCCAAGACGGGAAGCGAUGUGACAUUUGCUAAUGGCGGAAGCUGGUAUCCCAAGGUUCCCCGUAGCCAUGACGACGAUGACAAUACCACCACUUCCGGUAGUUACACACUGAACCCGGAAGACAUUGAUGAAAUGUUUUGUGAAACCUACCCUGUUUCUUGAACAAACUGUGAUUAUCUUUCUCGAGUUGUGACAUGAGGUAUCUCUUGCAUGUAUCCUUUUUCAGAGCUUGGAAAUAUUUUGCCGGCUAUGCAGCUGAACUUGGCCAACAACGAGGUGUGUGUUGUGAAAUAAACACCCGUACAUAUCUAACACCAUUGCUCAAUUUGCUCUUCAGUCAUGUAGGGUGUUUGACAUCUACAUCUGAAAUCGACAUAGAGAUUAUGAAAUGUAAAUAACGGUGCUUGGCUCCAGCUUGUAUAUUACGCUGUUAUAUACACGAUGUUAGCCGCCAAUCAUUGUUUGUUAAUUUAAAAUUAUUUAAAAAAUCAACUGUUGCUGAUUAUUAGUUGUUUCUGUGGUUGAUAAUAUUUGUUCAAUGCCAAAGAUUUUGUUGGUCCUUCCUGUUAUUUCCUAGUUUGUUCACUCAGCGACAUGGCUACAGAUUAGAACAAUUGGUUUGUGAUUACUAGCCUCCAAGCAAUCAUGCAUACUAUGCGUUGUUAGUGAGCUUUGUACAGAUCAACAGUCAUAAUACAGGAAUCAUUGUUUUUCGAACUAUUUCAAAUAUUUGUGAAACUUUACAAAUCAUUCACAAAUAUAUCCAUUUUAUAUAACAUUAGACUAUCAAUUCAUAUUCUUUUGGGGUAUUUACAUAGUUUCAUAGUUACUAUGUUCUUGAAACUUCAUUAUUUACAUGUAUUCAUUCGGUGUACAUUGUAUAUUUAUAAUGGCGUUUUCUCAUAAAACAACAAACAUUGCCUGACUAUCUGCGCCUUACAAUGUCACGUCGGAACCAUACCAUCGUCCAUGUAUGCAUAUAGAUAUUAAUAUGCGACUCGUACAAGAGUGAUAGCAAUUUGCAUUAAUGAAUCCCCCGAGAUCGAUAUCAUAGCAUCAGACUAGUGUUACCUUACAGUGUCAGGUGCAUAGUGUUAGUCAUACCAUUAUUAGAGAUUUCAUACUGUUGUGUUCGUACACUGUGAAACCGUUUUAGCUCGGAUUCAUUUAACUCUAAAUAACGUAGAAUAUGAAGCGUUGUCAUGUCCCCUGCAAAACCCUUUUCAUAACUAUCCGUUUACAGUUGGGUCAUGAUUCUCUCGAGUGUCGGAUUAUUUUAUGUUUUAUUGAUUUCGAGUGAAUAUGGUUUCCCCGUGUAUAUAUAUGACAUAAACAUUUCAAUGUACGGUAUAUUUUCGAAACAAAACAUCAUGCAGAAUCUUUUCCAGCGAUUCGACCAUAUAUGAGAUUAUUUUCGUAUUUGACUGACAUCAUAGGUUGUGUAAGUUUCACCUAUUUCUAUCCUAUUCUGUACUCGUGAAUUUGACACACACUGGUAUGACGUUAUUAUUAUAUAUUAGCGCUAGUAUUCAGGGAUAAUAUCCCAGUAUUAAGUAUUAGUCAUGCCAUUAUCUUUUCAUAUGAUAAAACACCAUCAUAUGCCCUAGUUCAGGUUAGCACGACAAGUAUUCACGGUGAACUAUGUUAGGGUUAGAACACAAGUCCCGCAUAUCUUCACUGUCAUUCAAAGUGAUGGCCUGUUAAUAUAACGACUAUAUAUUUCAUUAAACACGAGUGAUAAUAUGUGAGGCAUCAUUUUAUAUUUGAAACCGAGCUAUAUGAAAUGUAUUUCUGGGAAUGUUAUUACUUGGUAUUUUAUAUUAAAGUCUGAGAGCUGCAUGUGCGUGGUGAUACAGUGGAUUAUAUGUAAAUGUCAGUUGAUGGCAUCCUCAUUCAAUAUCAUGCAUUCUACCAUCAUGGAGAUCCAUUUGUGUUUUGUUAUGCAAAUCUUUAUCAUUUCACCAUUCCAACGGCGCUGAGGCUCGUUACCUGAUGUGGCUAUUUUGGCAUAUCGUGAACAGUAUUUUGUAAAUAAAUAUAUGUGCAUUGUAACCUGAAA